AUGCCUAACGGGAGCAUGCCAGCUGAUCCGGUUCUCACUCCUGGAGCUCUUCUUCUCGGUGAUGCAUUCAACAUGAGACAUCCUUUAACCGGUGGUGGCAUGACCGUGGCAAUGUCAGAUAUAGUCGUACUCCGUGAUCUUCUAAGGCCGAUUCGCAACCUUAAUGACAAAGAAGCAUUGUCUAAAUAUUUGGAAGCCUUUUACACACUUCGGAAACCUGUAGCAUCCACCAUUAAUACAUUGGCGGAUGUGUUGUACAAAGUCUUUUUAGCAUCUUCAGAUGAAGCGAAAGCUGAAAUGCGUGAAGCAUGCUUCGACUAUCUUAGUCUUGGAGGUGUUUGGUCAUCUGGUGCGAUUGCAUUGCUCUCUGGUUUAAACCCUAGUCCUCUGAGUUUGUUUCUCCACUUCGUUUCUGUUGCGAUCUACGCUGUUGGUCGUA